CGUAAAGCAGAGAGCUAGUAUCUCAAAAAUUGAACACUUCAAAGAAUUACAAUUUGGGUUCUUCUCUGCAACCUAGGGUUUCAAUCUCCUUCUCGUCAAGGUUGACAUGAAUCCAUCAAAAUCUCGAAAAUUUGAAAUGCAAUCAACUUCGAAGACUAUUAAGCAUUCAUACGUUGCACCAGGUGCCUUAGCAAUGGGACGAGGGCAAAGCUUUAGAUCUUUGGGUUCGGUAAGGAUGAAUGCUGAACAGAGACUCCCGAUUGGAAAUAGCAAAAAUCGUAAUGCAGCAGCUUCUUAUCUGAAUGAGCUAGCUCAGAAUACGAAUCUUGCACCUCCUGGUUUUGAUCCACUAGAAGAUGAUGUUUCCCUCCCUCAAGAAGUUGAAGUGAUGCAAGACACUCAAAGAAGCAAAAUAACAGGUCCAUGUGAAUCUGAAAACGCAAAAAAGGUGAGAAGAAAUAACAGAUGUAAAAAUGUUCGAGGACUCAAAGUUGGAGAAAAGUUGAGCGUCACUUUCUACCACAAUCGAGUUGUUGGGAAGCAUUCAGCUACAUUUGUGAGACACUUAGGUAUAUUAGUUCGUGAUCGUAAUAUGUGUCCACUGCGCGUACACUCCUAGGCGAAUAUCGAAGAAUAUAAGCUGGACCACAUGUGGGAAGCUGUUACUUUAAGAAUUUAAAGUAUUACUUUGUUGUUUUGCCUUUUUCUUUUCUUCUUUCACAAAUGAAAAGAAAAUUAAUUUUGAACCUUGUAAUCUUACAUAAUAAU